GUGCGCGUAUCCGUGCGCGUAAUGGUAGUCAGUGCGUGUUUUGGUUGCAGACAGCGCACACGCACACUGCUCCUCCUCCUCGGGUUCUUUCCACGGCUACGGCCCCACGGCGUUGUGCGACGAGAGGACCAUGUCGAUGAACGACGUGUACGUGCUGCGGCCGUUCAAGCUGAUCGCGCUGUUGUGCGUCUUCCUGGCUCUCUGCCUGGACCUGGUGGCGCUGCUCAGUCCAGCGUGGGUCACGGCCGACCACUUCUCCCUAUCCCUGUGGGAGUCGUGUUCCCAGUCCGAGGCGAGGCAGCCGGACGAGGAGGCUUCGUGGAGCUGCUUCUCCACUCUCACUUCUGACUGGCAGAUCGCCACCCUUGUGCUGCUGGUGGGCGGUGCCGCGGCAACCCUGGUGGCCUUUUUGGUGGGCCUCAUUUCCCUGUGCCGUGGGACCCAGAGGAAGCACUACCGCACUGUGUCCGUCUUCCUCUUCACUGCAGUUGUCCUGCAGGCCUGCGCUUUGGUCCUGUACCCAAUCAAGUUCAUCGACGGGACGGUUCUGCAAACCUAUCACGAAUUCAACUGGGGCUACGGACUCGGCUGGGGCGCCACCAUCUUCAUGCUGGGCGGCGGAGUCCUCUUCUGCCUGCGAACGGACAUAUAUGAGGAUGCAAUGUAUUGACACCCCUCCCAUGAACACACACAUAACUCUACGUAGUUGGUGUGUAUAGGAGUACGGACCAGAAUUCUCUCUUGGCUCUCUUGGUUAUUUUUAGUCAGGUUGUGUAGGCCUAAAUAAAGUAGGACAGGUCUGUUUGAAUGGUUGCUGGAUACUUUGACUGCAUGGUGACCUGGAUUUCUGUUUGUUGGACCGUUUUGUCCAGUAGGCUUUGAACAUUUAAAGUCAACAAGGUGUAUUCUUUUCUAGCAUUACAAUGAGGAGCUUGUUUUCAAUGGCGCCAUUUUCUCUGCAUUCUGCCUGAAACAUAUCAUCGUGUCUUCUCAUAUCACAAGACUUAGCCUUACAUAUAUGCUGUAUUUAUAGUGUGUUUGCAAACUCAAUUUGUCUUUAAUGAAAAUGUAAAUGUGUAAAAACAGUUUGUACAUGAAGGACUUUACGGAAUAAAAAGUGUUGUAUUUGGAA